UUCGGCGGAACCAAGUGACAGCCGGAAAUACGUCUGCGUUCGCAGGCUAAACCUUCCAGGGAGAAGAAUUGAACCAACUCCCAACUGAUGAAACUACAUCUCCAUCGAUGGCGACGUGAAAAAAAGUUACUGCUUUUGCGAACUAAUUUAUCCUGCUUUUUUACUUGUACAACAUUCCAGUAUUUUUUCCUCUUCACACACAAUUAGCGUGAUGCCUCACUGGCUUCACGAACUUAAUAAAAGUAAAGGUAAAAAGUGAACUAAGGUAAAUUCAUUAAGUCUUGCAUGCAGUGAAUAAUCUGCCUAAUGGUAUAUAAAUUUUAUAUGCGAUGAUUAUAGGUCGGCGAACACGGCUGCCAUAGUAUUGGCUUUUCCCGUUUUAGUGCUUGUCUUUUUAAACAAGCAUUGACACAGCAAAAAUCCUACAUAAUCCUUCUGUCUUUCUGAGAAUUUACCCUGAAAACGAAUACCGGAUACUGUAAAGGUGUGGGCUGCUCCAAGUACAAUACGGCUGGCAAGCUGUUCAGUAAAGUAUAUGAGCUAAAUUAUUUGAGAAAACGAUUUGUAAGGAAAUUCAACAAAUAAAAAGAACGAUCAUAAGAUCCCUAUUAAUGCUAAGCGAACAGUUAAAAAGUGAAAUUGUGAUCAGGAAAAGGGUAAAUGCAGACAUCACCGCCGGCCAACGAACUCCGAUGUAUUUGGCAGUGUUCUAUAUACUUCUGCAACUCAAUAAUAAACCACUCUGCGCAACAAAAUGUUUUUUUUUUUUUUCUUUUUUUUUUUUUACCCAUAGAUGAAAAUUCAGUGGAUACUACCAUGGUUCCAGAUCGACACAAACACCUCUUCAAUCAAUGGCAACUCGUUCUUCAGACAUGCUGUCAGUACUUUUUGUGGGUCUUUGGUGAGACACGUCAGGAUCAGAAGUUUCUUUUGUCAAAGGAUGUGUUUCCACUGGCAGUUGAUUCCCUCUUGCUGCAGCCCCCUCUCCUUGAAGAAACUGGCCAUAAUGACGUACAUAGAAGGAUUGUUGCAAUAAAUGAAACAGCUCUCGGACCCUUUGGAGCAUUGGUGGAGUAUGAUCCCAACAUCCAGGAGGAAGUUUCCAAAAUGUCCCGAUUGAUCGACAAGUUACUCUUUAUGAUCGACAGGUGCCAGUCAGAGCCUGCGGGAUAUUCACUGUUUUCAAGCCAGAUGGCCUCCACAAUUUUGUUUUACAGCACUUGGAAUGUCAAAUCUGCCCAGCCAUUGGUGGACUGUGGAGCACUAGAAAAAAUGCUUGAUAUCACACAGAAGCUUCUGAUUGAUAAGGACAGCGACGCACCUCUUAGGUACUACUGUUGCCUGUUCCUGGCUAGACUGCGUUCAGCCCCUUUGAUCAAGCUGGACAGAGACACUUGUGCUGCUAUAGAUGAACUUAUUGAUGUAUUCUUAGAACAGCAUGUCUUCAACGAGAUCUCAAAAUGGGAAGAAAAGGUAUGUUCUAUUUGGAUGACAAUGGUACCACUGGUUCAUCUUGCCUUUGCUGCAGGAAACGAAUAUUACUUUGCUCAGAUUAAAUUCUUAGAGUGCGAUACAACACAAAGUGAAGACGUAUACUUUCUCAAGAGCAAACAAUCAAAUGCUGCUAUAACUGAGUUCGAUAAAGAUGAAGCUGAAACUUCACGUUCUGACGACAACAGAGAAGAAAAACCUAUUCAUCAAACAAGUUGGAAACGUAAAACGAUUAAAAGUCCCACCCUUUAUGGCACAUCUGAAAGUAUGGAAGCUGAAACUUCAGUGACUGGAGGCAAAACCCAUGUCACGUUAGCCAGGAAAGACCAAUUCACAUGGCCAGGUUCUCCAUCAACACAAAAACUUGGAAUCUUUUCCCUGAUGAACAUGCUUUCACUCAAAGAGAACCAGCAGUUGGCGCUAGCAGAGAAUCUCCUGCCAUACUUGUUGUGUCUGUCAUGGCACCUAAAGGACGAUGAACGAGAAAAAAUACGAACAAGUCUGGCAAAUUUUCAAAACAUUUCUUCACCUCCUUCUUUGAAAGUUGCCACCAAAUCCGUGCUGGCUCUGGUCAAUGGUUUAGACAUGGUUUUCAAUUUAUGAACUGUGAGAAGUCAAUGUUCACCCGUAUUGGUCAAUAUCUUUGGUGGAAAUAGAUACAUGUUUUUCUCAAACCUCGACGUUUCUCAUGACUUUGCCACAGGAAACAGGAGCUUGAGCAACCAGACCCAUGCAGGCACGUGCGUACCUCCGAAAACCCAGGCAAAAAUUUAGAUAUUUAAAUUUUAUCGACAAAAAGCGGCUUAAGUAAUUAAAUCGGCUUGUUUGAAAGUCUCUAGUCUGAGCUAUUAACCUACUAGCCGUGAUCCGAAAGGUUGACUGUAAUCAACAUAAGUUAUUUCUUUCGCGCAUUUCUUUUUUCUACAAAGUAGGUCCUAUGAAUAAAGAAUUAGUUGCCAGAAAAUCUCCCAAGUACGACGGAUUUUUUUUUCCUUUUCUUUUGAAUAAUGUCCUUAAACCGUCUGAACCGUUUCCUAAGAAGAUGUGCCCUCCAGUCCAUCGGAUGUCAAAAAUCCCAUUUGAGGCAUUUGACGGUCAUGUCAGCAGUGCUUUGUCAUCGGUUCACAAGCCAAGCCUUUGAUCUUUCAGUAUAUAAGCGCGAUACCACCUCUCUUAAACACCCUUGCAAUAUUCAGUAGUAAAGAUCUUCAAACAAUAACACAUGGAUAUCAUAUGGAUAUAUAUGGGAAAAGUGCGCCCGCUCGCGGAAACAGUUUGAUUGCAGGAUUUGUUGAAUUCCCCCCGCUCACCCACUAAAAACAAUUAUACCUAAUUGUUAUACCUAAUUUCUGUCAAGUUUUAACAUACCAUACCCUUUUUCACACCAAACUGGUCAAAAUCUGUAGCCGUUUUCAGGCCAAAACGGUUCAAAACCGAAACUGUUUGAGUCCUCCACAACUGAAGCCCCAUACACCAA